AUGAGCAGUAACACCCGGGUAAGUGAGAGGAGUCUUUUGGAUCUACGUAUCAAUAGCUUUGAUAAAAUAACAUGUACCCUGGGCCAGGACGAAGAGGUGCUGAAGCGGAUCGAGAGGGAGGUGCGCAUGCGGGAGGGGGCCAGUAAGCUCCUGGCAGCGUGCUCCAGGACGGAGCAGGCCCUGGAGGCCUCCAAGAGCCUGCUCACCUGCAACGCCCGCAUCCUGGCCCUGCUCAGCCAGCUGCAGGAGAUGAGGAAAGACCAAGUCCUGCAGAGAGCGGGACGCAGGCCAUCUGAGGAUGUUCCACCCUGUUUGGGGAAAGUAUCCCUUUCAGACCUGCGGAUCCCACUCAUGUGGAAAGACUCUGAGUACUUCAAAAACAAAGGAGAGCUGCAGCGCUGCGCCGUGUUCGGCCUGCUGCAGUGCGGCGCAGAGAUCCACGACACAGACCUGGUGAUGGUGGACAGGACGCUGACCGACAUUUGUUUCGAAGGCGCCACCUUAUUCAACCAGGCGGCCCCGGGCUUCCAGCUCCGCGUCGAGCUGUACAGCAGCUGCGCGGCGGCGGAGGCGGCGGCGGCGGUGGCGAUGGCGGCGGGCCCGGGCCCCCGGAGGGUGAGCUGCCUGGGGGGCUCGGUGGGAUGCUCCUCGGGGAAGAAGAUCCGCGCCGCGUUUGAGUCCGCGGCCGCCUGCGGAGGCAGCGCGGGACCCGGGGGCGCGUCGCCCCCUUUGACCCCCGCUCCGCUGGCACUGGGGCCCAAGUACCACCUGCUGGCUCACGCCACGCUGAGGAUCGAACACGUCCAGGACGGGUUCAAGACCCACGACUUGUCCCUGGCAGCAACAGAAGAUAAUCCCUUCUGGUUGCCUCUGUAUGGAAAUAUGUGCUGCCGCCUAGCAGCGCAGCCCGUGUGCUUGAUCCAUCCCGUCACCAGUGGCCACCUCGAGGUUAAGCUCGGCGAGGAGCUUAUCGGUGGCGAAAGCGUCUACGGCGUCCUCAGGGGCCAAAGUCUUCUCUGUUAUGCGAACCAAGAGGCCUCGGAGUCCGAGGGCAAGCCGUCACUAGAAAUCCCCAUCAAAAGGGAUACGACUGUGACUCAGUCGGAGGGAGACGCCGUCCACAUCGGCACGGAGUGUCAAGGACGGCGUGUGACCUUUGCGCUGAGGGCGCCGACACCCGAGGACACGCGGCGCUGGAACCAGGCCAUCGGCCGCCAUGUUCACAACAUGAACCAGUGGAAGCAGUGCAGCGAUCGACUGAUGAAGAUCGAAGCGCGGAGCUCCAAGAAGGUCGUCCCGGCGCGGCAGGGGUCGCUGUACCACGAAAUAGUAACACCCUCGUCUCCCGGAGAAGGCCACGUUGCUCCCGAUUUAUCCGUCGAGAUCCGCGCUUUGCUCUCUUCCUACUACAAGGAAAAUUAUUGACAACGCUCCAACAGUCGCAGUAUUCAAAGUAUUCAAUGAUUUCUUCAUCCUUUCAAUGAUCAUCAAUUAAACUGUUGAAACCCUGAGGAAUGCGCAGCUGGCACGGUUGACUGUCGGUGACGUGGCAGCGCCUCCUGGAACAGAUGCCUCUCGGAAAACUGGAAGCGCAAUUAAUAAUGCCGUGGAACUGGAAUAUGCUACGCUUAGACAUUAUAUCAAUGAAUAGAGCCACACAAACAAACACACACACACACAAAAUGAAGCAAUAACCUGCUGUGAAAGAUAUAAAAUACUUGGUCUAAAAAAAAUGUAAAAGUCUUGUUCUGCGCCGGUGAUGCAUUUAA